UUUAUUGAAUAGCGGUUGCAGUAGGUACAACACGUAAUUGUUUAUUUUAAUUUUAAAGUAGACAUUUUUGAAAAUAAAAUACAUAGACACAAAUUUAGUACGGUUACAAUAUUUUUCUGCUCACAACUCACAAGUCGCGACCCGCAAGAUAACUUACAAAUAUAGAUAACAUGUUUGUGGCUAAACGUUCAAAAAAACGUUUAUGGAACAACUUAUAUGCUAAUCGACUAUGGCUGGCUAUAGUGAUCAUGAUGUCGAUGACGACGAGUAGCGGUACGGUAGCAGCAGUCGAAUCACCGUCGACGAUCGCACCCGAACAAACCACCGUUGUCACCACAAUCAAACCUAACGUGACCGUGGAUUGCGUGGCGCGGGACACGUGCACCGAAUGCACUGCCGCUGCGCCUGCAUGCAGCUGGUCGUUGGUGCGACAGUCGUGCAACGACACCGCGGCGACGGAAAAACAACUGAUCGAAGACUGGGGCGACGACGAUCGCCAUCACCCGCCCACCAAGCCGGUACUCGAUGCCGGGUCGUGUCCACGGUUCAAAGUCAACUACCAAAAACAGACCACAUUGGACACGACGAACCGUACAGUGAACGUGAAAGUGUCCAACGACCCGACAGGCAAGUUCAAGGUACUGCUUGAACGGGGCGAUGUGUUUUGCCACUUGAACGAGAUCAAAUACCCCGGAAAGGUGGAAAGCGGCGGGCGACAGAUCACGUGCGAGUCCGAUUACUCGGAGUCCGUUAACUCGUCGUUGUCGUCAAUCGUUUACUUCGCGACCUCCGUCAACAACGUCACGUUGGCGUUCGACGACAAACGCGAACACUACUUGGACUUCACGGUGCCCCGGAACGCUUGUGUCACCGAAAACCAGCUGGGGCCCAGUGACGAGUGCAAGGUGUGCCUUUGGGACGACCACGUGUACCGGUACUACUGCCAGUGGUGUCCGAAGAGCAACCCGUGCACCGGGUCGUACCAGCAAUGCGAUGUCCGCCGGCUGGCCGAUCCCAGUCGCACGACGCCGGUGAAAGACGUGCUGGUCCAGUGUCCGGAAGUCCGGAUCGAGUCUAUCGAACCGCGGUACGGGUCGUGGGCCGGUGGCACGACAUUACGGAUCGUCAUCAACAACCACCGGACGCUGUCCGAGAACAAGGUGACCGUGGUCAAGGUGGCCAAUAGCCGGUGCCUGCUGCCCACCGUGUCCAUGGACGGUACGGCGGUCAUGUGCACCAUACCGCCGACCAACUCGAGUGUGCUGAAUCAGGGCCCGGUGGAGGUGACGUACAGGUCGGAGGUGAACAAGUUGCUGCCCACGUUCACGCUCAGGUCCAACCAGAGUUUCUACUUCGUCGAGCCGGUAAUAACGAGCGUGUGGCCGUCGUGCAGCCCCGUCACCGGUGGCGCCCGGAUAACGAUUCGCGGUCGGUUCUUGGACGCCGGAAACACCGUUCGGGUGUACAUGCGAGACAACAUCACGUGCGCGGUGCAGGCGCACAGCCAGAACGAGGUGACCUGCAUGACGGGCGCCAGCGACGGCCCGUCGUCCAGUGCGAUCCGUGUCGAGUUCGACCAUUACCUGAGCAAGUACGUGUACGAUCCGCCGUUCUUGUACACGUCCGCACCCACCGUGGACGGCGGUCAAUCGUUCCGGGGCAUAUCGUCGGGUGGCACCCAACUGUCGGUGCACGGCAAGGACUUGGCGUGCAUCCACAACCCACUGGUGCACGUGUCGUACAACAACAUCCAGUACACGGGCGGGUGCACGGUGAAAAACAACACGUACAUGGUAUGCACGGCGCCGACCAUUAACCGGCCGGCACCGAACCAGGUGACCGCACUGCAGUUCGGGUUCCAGGCCGACUUCAACAACACCAUUGUCAAGAUUCAGCUGCCGACCGCCAUGCCCGACUACACGCUGUACCCGGACCCGGUGUUCACCGACUUCGAGACUAACGGACGCACCGUUACCGUUUACGGCUUCAACAUUGACCAAGGUUACGACCAAGAUGUCGACCUGUCGGUGCUGUUCCACAAAACCGGUGUCCCGUGCAAUGUCACGUCCGUGCAACCAGAUCACAUCGUGUGCCGGCCGCCCAAACAGCUGUCGUUCGAGGACCGCGGCGGUCGUUCGGAUGACCGUCGGGUAAACAGCUAUGGCGAAGACGACGACGACGAUGACGACGAAUUGCCGGCGGCCCUGGUCAACGACGAAAUCAUCGUCACCGUCGGCAACUUGGUGUACGAGAUUAAGAGGAAGCCGCAGAUCCGCCAACGCAGUUUUCCGCUGCGGAUCAAUACCAUCAUCUUCGGCGGCAUCGCAUUGGUGUCGCUGAUCAUCACGAUCGUGGCGGCCAUCGUGUAUUGCAUGAAGAUCGCAAUGACUAUUUCCAACCAACAGACGGAAAUGCGGUCGUUGUGCGAACACCUCAACAGCACCGAAAGCGGAAUCAGAACUGGAACUGAAACCAGCGGCGCCUGCAAAGACGGCGUCGAGUCGGCCACGAUACCGGCCAAAGACAGAUCAUAGGACAAUAUUUAGUAUUAUUAAUUAUUAAUAUCACCAUGCACGACAAUCAUCUAUAAAAUAGGUAGUAGGCAUAUCGUAUACAGAGUAAUUCUCUAAUCGAACAUUACUCUUUAUUUCCAAACAUUUUAACGUUAAUGCAAAUAUUUUUCUUGUAAUAAUAUAAUUUACAGUCGAGUUUAAAGAAAUGUUUUCAAAAAUGUCAAUAGUUUUUUAAAAUAAUGAGUGCAAGUUUAUGAUAAAAGAAUCAUCUGGUAUAGGUAUUGAUUUUCGCCAGUCAUCAAUAACAAAGUAUAAAAUAUUUAUAACAAUAAUCAUUUAUCUCUGUAAUUUAUCAUAUAUUAUUAGGUACCUAUAUAAUUUGAUACAUAAAUACAAAUAAUACAAUCAUUAUGAGAGUAGGCAUGGGGAGAAUGUGAUUGUUACCUUACCUACGUAAACUGUAGACAGUGUACCUAGACUGUUAUAAGGAUUGUCGCCGUAUAUAUAUAUAAUAUGUAACGAUAUCGUUAGUAUGCUAUGAUCUAUAGUCUAUAUAAUAAUAUUAUUGCUAUGAUAGAUUUUCAUAAGUGUGUAAAAAGAAAAUAAUAUUUUUAGUAACAUAAUAAUGUAAUGCAAUUCCUAAUAUACCUAAUAUUUUGGGUUAA